AUGACCAAGCUUACAACACACUUACUUCCACCAGAGCAAUAUGGGGGAAGACAAGGUUAUUGUGCUACUGAUGCUGUUUUGGAACUUGUCCAAAGAAUUGAAACUAGUAAAGAAAAAAUUUCAGCUAUGCUCAUUGAUAUUCAAGGAGCUUUUGAUAAUGUUAACAGAAAUAUAUUGGCAGACACAAUGGAGGAUAUGAAACUACCCAAAGCACUUAUAAACUGGACGUACCAAUUUGUAAGUGAAAGAGAAGCUAGUAUGCUCAUGGACCGAAGAAAAGGAUCAGUGCAAAAAAUUAGUACUGGAAUUCCGCAAGGCUCACCUAUUUCACCACUACUUUUUUUGAUAUAUUCCACACCAAUGUAUCAUGCCAUUAAAGAAUGGGGUGGAACUCCUUUUGGCUUUAUUGAUGAUGUGACUAUUACCGUUGAAGGUAAAAUUGAAGAAAAUACCAAAAGCUUAAGCAACAUAUUAGAAAAAUGUUGUAAUUGGGCUAAAUCAAGAAUGACCAAAAUUGAUUUGGGUGAUAAAUUGGGUUUUAUUCAUUUUACAAAAAAUGUGAAACCUAAAGAUGAGAAAGUGCAACUUACUUUACCUAAUGGAGAACUUCGUGAACCCCAGAAGGAAGUUAAAUUGCUUGGAAUUACUUUGAACAAUCUGCUUGAUUUUAAAUCUCAUAUUUUGAAUAAAAUCAAUAAAGCAAGAAAAGCUGUUGGUGCUAUUUGGCAUCUUGGUGGCGUGCAAAAAGGUAUGCGAGGGUCUGCAGUCAGAUCACUGUAUAUUGCUUGCGUGAGACCAAUUGUCGAAUAUGGCUUAGAAAUUUGGCAUCACAAAAUUUUGAAAGGAGAAAUCCACAAGUUGGAAGUAAUGCAGAAUAUGGCUUUAAGAAGAAUUGUUGGUGCUUAUCGCACAACUCCUAUUGCGGUACUACAAAAGGAAGCUGGUAUUAUGCCAUAUAGUAUUAGGCUAAAAUUUAUGGUGGCACGAAAAGCUAUUCGUUUACACCUAAAUAUUAGCAAAACUAAUCCUAUUAAUGGUCAUUUGUUAACAUUGAUUGAGAAAUCUCCAAUUGCAAAGCUAACCACGCUUUACAUGUUGGCGAAAGAUGAUAGAGACUAUAUGAUUAAAAUAGAUGAAAAACGAAAAUGCAAGAGGGUUGAACCUCUUACACUGAAACAACAACAAAAUCAGACGAUUGGAAUUUUGAAAAAACAAGCAAUGGAAGAAUGGCAAGAAAUGUAUUGGAACAGCAGUAAGGAUCUGUGGUAUCAUAAUAUCACAGUGGAGUCGAAAUGUACUGAUAAUCUUUCCAAAAUGGUUACGGGAGUGAUCAUGAAGAAAGAUAGUCGAAGGAUCUUGAGUAAUAUUACUCAGUUUCACACAGGCCAUGGCAACUUUGGCGCAUGGUUUAAAAAGUUUGGAAUUGAAAAGGAUAGUUACAACUGCAAAUGUGGAGAGCUGGAAACAGUUCAUCACAUUUUAGUUGAGUGUCCUUUGCUUGAAGAGGAAAGAAAAGGACUGAAACGGAUAUCUCCAGAGAUGGACAUGUCGACUCUCUUAAACAGUUUAACUGGCUUACAAGAGAUUGUAAGCUUUAUCUCUGCUUGGAGGGAUUAA